AUGUUCCUCACGCCCUUUAAAACCCUCCCCGAUAGCGGGGAUGACGGGCAGACGAUGGCCUCCACCGCGGGCGCGUAUUCCUUAGGGAUGAGCAGCAGCCCUUCGUGGACGGUUUUCCACGACGGCGGAGGGUGGCGGAGCGCCCGAAGCAACGGCCUCGCGACGCCGGUGGGGCCCUUUGGCGCGCGGCCGAGCGGCAGAGGGGGGGAGUUCACCCCAUCCGGCAUCCACGAGGACGUCAUGGGGUGGGUAUCCCCCCCUUCGUUGAGGCCGAUGGUCGGCCUGACGAUUCGAUACCCGCCUCCGGCGGAGCCCUAUCACGACGCGCUCGAUCUCAUGCGCGCCCUCGCGCAAGGGAAGCCUGGCUACACCCUGGAUCCCAUUCCGGAACCGACGCCCGUCGACGAAGGUGAUGAAAGGGAAUUGGAUGAGCAGGUGGAGUUAUUGGAGCUCCUUCUCUGUCGUCGCCAACGGGAGAACGGGCUGCCGAUUCAGGAGUUUUCCUCUGCAUUUGAUGACGAGCCCUACACCACCCCGGCGACCAUUUUCCAUAAGACGCAAAUGAGGUUAAAUGCCUAUGAACAGCGCCAUCGUGAGGCGUGCGAUAAAUGCCUAGAGGCGAUGGACUACCACCCUCUCUUGCGAGAUCGGUAG